AUGCACGCCGGUGUCAUCCUCGAUUAUGAACAACAACGACUGAAGCGCGAACGUCAAGCCGACUUCGAGAUGCAACACGCAGAUCUCCCUCAGCCCGCGCUUCUCAACGACCUGCAGCGCGCGCAAAGACACAGCAUGGAAUGGCUGGCUACUUUGCUCAACACAGGCAGCGAUGAUGGUCUCAUCAUUGGUGUUUGA